GUCACCGUUUCUUUAUCAUUACGGUGGCAAACUUAACGUAGUAUGGCCGUCGUUUGGAAGUAUUCACAGUUUUACUUCCACAAAGAAUACGCGAUAAACAUUACUCAGAGCGAAUUGAAAAAGACUUUUUUAAAUAAAUUCUUGACGCGUGUGAGAUAAUCGUAAACAUAAGUGUUUGAUUGAGAUCGAAUAGAAUAUUUGACGUCUAGUUUUCUUGCGAAUUUAUUUGUUAUUUUUUCAUUCAAAAUGUGGUUAGUCAGUCAGCCGAAUUCAGUGAUUCUGGAGAUCAAGGUGGAACCCAAUUCCAUCGGACAACAGUGUUUGGAAAAAGUUUGCGAGAAGUUGGAGAUAGGAGCAGAGGCCGACUACUUCGGACUCCGAGUGUGCUCGGGCUCCGGGCCCGGCAGGUGGCUGAACCUCAGGAACCACCUGGACCCGCAUCGCAUACCCAGCAGGCGCCUAGACCUGCGGGUCAAGUUCUGGGUCCCGCCGCAUCUCCUCAUCAACGAGCCCACACGACACCAGUUCUACCUACACGCCAAGCUGGACCUCAUCGAGGGGCGGCUGGUGGUGGCCGACCAGGAGGUCGCCAGGAAAAUAAUAGCCUACAUCGCCCAGGCUGAGACCGGCGAUUUCGACCCCCAGGCCGCCUCGCACGUGUACGCCGACUGCGACAAGAUAGGCCCCCAGGGAGAGAAGCCCGACGACCACGAGGCCAAGAUUAUGGAGUAUCACUGCCAGAUAGCGGGCAUGAGAGCCUCGCAGGCCGAAUAUAAACUGUUGAAGGAGAUAUCUAAACUGGAGUCCUUCGGGGAGGAGAUAUUCUUCUGCAAGCCGGUGACGCAGAACAACAACGCCCACAACCUGUACAGUCACCUGCUGUACCACAGGCAGCAGGCGGAGGAGCCGCGGACCAGGGACGACCAGGAGAUAGACGGGGGAGGAACCGUGGGCUGCCUCACCUCCGCACACACCGGGGCGGGGUGCGGCUGUAGACUAAGCACCUGCGUGGGAGUCGGGCCUAGUGGGAUCGUGGUGUACAGGCCUGCCUGUAACGGAGUGCACGACAUAGGAGUAGAGAAACAGAGUAUUCCCUACACGUCCAUCCACCGCGCCCAGCCUGUGCGCCGAAUCUUCCAGCUGUGCUACGUGUCUGAUGAGGGUCACGAGGUCACCCUCCACGUGAAGAUGGCCACCUCCAGCCAGGCCGCUGCCCUGUACCGAGCAGUCACUGAGAAACAUGCCUUCUACUACUGUGAAACUGUACGAACAGACGUCACGGAACAGUUCAUUAGAGAUCUGAAGGGGACGAUCGCGUCCAUCUUCAACGACUCGUCGACCCUCGGGCGCCGCUACGUGUUCGACAUCCGGCGCACGUGCCGCGAGGUGCACGACCGAGCGCGCCGCGAGCACUACGCCCGGACCCGCGACAGGACCCAAACCGCUCAGGAGUCCCGCCCUCGCUCCCGGUCCCGCUCGGUGGAGGCGCUGGCGUGCCGCGUGUGUAUGGACGCGCCCAUAGACACGCUGUUCCUGCCCUGCCGACACGUGCUCUGCUGCGAGCACUGCGCGCCGCGGUGUGAGCGCUGUCCGCUGUGUCGCGGGGAGGUGGACAGGCUGAUGCACGUCUUCCUGCCGCUGGAGUACCAGCGGAGUCCCGGGGUUAUUAUAAAAUAGCACGCGACCGGCCCUCGAUAACGCUAUCGAACGGAAUGAACCCAACGACGACGAUUUUCGAAGGAAAAUUUAACGGACGUCGGCCAUCUUGGUGACUUGACGGAAGUGACGUUAUACAUACCUCUGUAUUGUUUGUGGUGAAGUUAGCCGCGCGCGCUCCGUGAGCUCCGUCGGCGUGCGGACGCGUCCUGCGCCGGGCGCGUUCUGUGUGUCUGUGUGAAUGUCUAGUCAAACAAUAUGACGUGAAAUGUGCAUUUUUUUUAUUAUUAUCGACGUAAGGAAUUUCUUGAGCCGUGAUUGAAUCUUUUCUUCGUUUGUAUCCGAAAAAUUAAUUGGUACUUAUUUGUUAGAAUCUAAGUAUUAACUGAGUAUUUCGCUUAGUAUAACUAAUACUUACAUACUAUAAGUUCGUCGUUCUUUCCCUUCGUUUUAGAAGGAUCUAAACCAAUUCACUGUCUUUAGGAUAACUGUUGUGAUAACAUUUUUAUUGUCUGCCAAAAGCGUCUCCGUUUUAUUAUUGUACGCGAAAUUGCAUUUUAAUAUUACAAUUAAUAUUAAGGAUAAUGAAUGCGGUCACUCGUUACUUUGUGAGCUAACGUACGUGUAAGACCCGUGGUCUGUAACAUAAAACAAAAAUGCAAAUAAAUAGAUUUAAUACAAUAAAAAAAUCUCUACUAA